AUGUUCAACACGCUUUCACAAUCAGAACGACAACACCCUCACUCUCAACACCAACAUGACCCUCAACCCGACCCGGAUGCCCAUGCUCGUCGAUGGUAUCAGCUCACCACUCUUCCACCUCGCUACGCUCGUCUUUCAACCCUCGCCCAAUGUCUAAACUCACACGUCGCACCACCACUCAACCCCUCUGAAGCUUGUCUUUGGUUGGAUCAGACGGCGGCCACUGUGGAUGUCGACGUGGAUGUCGACGUGGAUGUCGACUCUGACCUCAACAGUCAACUUGGAGAUAUGAAUCCCAUCCACACGUCGAGCUCAUCAUCCCAUCUCAGAGACAGAUCCGAUAUCGAACAAGCACCUCGCAAACGACCCAAAACUUCAGAUCAUAGGCAGCUCAGUUCGGCCAAGCUGCGAGCUCAACGUAAAAAGACUUCAGCUGCGGGGGCGAGUAAACCUUGGAGUAAGAGGUCUCAACUUUGGUGGGACUCUUUCAGAUUGAUGAACCCUUCUUUGAGUCAUUUGACUUUCACCCUCAGCGACAUUCCUCUCCUCAACUCCAUAUCCCGACUCCGUACCCAACUCCGUACCCUCCCUCCAACCGACCCUUCUCAAGCCCAUUUCAUCCAAGAUUGGCAGAGACUUCUGAUCGAACAAGAAUCCCGUCGAACCGAAUGGACCGACCGCUAUAUCUCUCAUUUCCAAGACAUUGUCUCGUCUGUGACCGAUCCAAACGAUUGGCAAAGGUAUAAUUACGAUACGUAUUCCGAGAGACCUGACGAUUCGACGGAUUGGUCAGUCAUGUCAUUCGAUGAGAUACCACUCCAACUGGAAUUCUUUAACAAUUACCUCACUCCAGCCAAUCGCGUCGUUAGUAGAGGCAAACAUCUCUUCAAGGAAGGAGGAAAAGGGUUGGAUAGAAGGUUCUCUUACGCUGCGGCUGUUGGGACUGGGACGACAGAUUUUAUAGCUUUGAGUGGGGUAAAUCCAAGUAUUUCUCUUUCCACAUCUACAUCUGCUUCGUCAACUGUUUCUUCAUUUCAACCCUCCCCGGCUUCAGCUCCUUCCCUUACCGCAGUCCCUGUUUCAGGAUCUUCUCACCUCACCCCCACCUCAACUCCAACAGGCAUCUUUCACAUCUCUCGUCAACGUCCCAUGACCCCCACACCGGACGGACGACCCCCCAUGACGUUUCAUCAAACGGUUGGAAUCAUCGAAUUCAAACCUUUCCUCACCCUCCGAGACAUCCUCGUCUUCCUUUUCUUCAUGUCGUUCAACAAUAGUAUUUCUCUACGAGUAUGGGACGGUUCGUCGAAAUCUGCACCAAACGUUGAGAAUGAUCAAGCCAACGUGGUUUCGGCUGCUCUUAGGUGGUAUCUCGUUCAGAUAUUCCAACAAUUCCAUAAAAACCAAACCCCCCUCGGUCUCUUAUCAUCCUACGAAGCAGGUGUCCAACUCGUCCUUUCCUCUCAAGGACACAUCCAAGUAUCCCGUUUGAUCCUACGUGACCCAUCGGAAGAAAAUGUGAAACGUAUAAAAACCGAAUUCGCACCCAUCAUCAGAGAAACUUUCCAUCCAUACAUUGUCGAUGAUGAUCGAUGGGACACCGUCUUGUCAUCACGAUCUAGCAGAGCUUCUUUCCUCGAAGUAGUGACAAGCAUGUUGAUUCCCCCCCUCGAUCUCGGUCGAUCUCAGGUUCCUUUCCGAUGGGUUUUACCACCCAAGGUCGCUUCCGUUUCCGGCCCGUCGCUGUUGUCUGGGGUCUCUGGGAGAGGUAAAGAGGGACGAGGUCAAACGGAACAGAGUAACGAAAACGAAAUGCAUACUACUCAACAACAACAACGAACCCACAGUCAUUCGAAUCAUCACCCUUUGACACAUUUCAUCCCUCAUGUCACUCUACCUUUUCCCACCUUGUUCACCUCUCAUGGUUUGGUCACGCCUCGUAUUCCUGGUUUACAAAAAGAUCAUCCGGUACCCUCUGGUGCAGAAGAUGACCAUCCAUCGGAAGCGUUGCUUCCAAGUUCAGCGGAUUGCAUCGAGGAAUCAUCAGCACCUCGCGUUUCGAAUGUCGACGACAAAUUCAGUCAUCAAGAUCUGAAUGUAAAACCUCUUGUUCAUAAAAUCACAACACCGACCGUCCAAAAUUGGAACCUGAUCUAUCCUAAUCCUACAAGUCAACCCAACAGGUUAUCCGAUAUCACUCAAAUUUCCGAUUCUGAUUCUUCCCGAAAGACCAACACCAACACGGACAUGACUUUGGUAGAUUCUCCAGAGAGUCCUUUCCGGAAUUUACCGGGGUAUAUCAGACGUGUCAUUGAAUCUUCCCUAAAUGAGUCGGAUAGGGAUGUUCACCGUUCAUCAGAGUCAGAGUCGGAUAGGGAUGCUGAUCAUUCAUCAGAAUCAGAGCCAGAGUCAUAUCCAAAAAAGUUGAAUAUGAACAUGUCGUAUCGUAAAGACACAAAGAUGGAUCAAGAUAUUGACCAUGCGGAAGAGUUUGAUCAAAACGAGUUGAAUACGAAUAUCCACGAGUCAGAGAAGGUCAUCCGUCAUGUGGUCGAGUCUGAUCAGAUAAAUUCGGAUGAGACGACGGACAAGACUUUGUUGAUAGAUAUGGAUGUCGACCAAAAAUCGAAUAUUCAUAGGACCCAUUCAAUCCCAUUCGGAUCUCUCCGAAAAGUGUCAAUCACGAGCAAGAACACGAACCACCAUCUGGAACAAGACACACAAACCCAGUCCAAAUUGACAGACCUAGGUCUACCACACCCACCCAGACCGACACCGAAAUUACCGAUGACCAUCGACUUGACGUACCUCUUAGGUAGAGGAAGGUUGUUCACCACGUGUUUAGCAAACGUUUGGUUCCCGAAUUCCACCUCACCCGUCGUGGUCGUUAUCAAAUUAUGCGACCUUUCUCAGUUUAGUAACCACUGCGAAUCUCCGGAUCCAAUUGGACCUCAUUGUGAACAUGGUACCGGUGAAUCUGAACCGACCAAAUCCUCAGAUACCCUGACAUCGACGCCGUUACACGCUCAAUACACUGGGGAACAAGCCAGACAUCACGUCAUGAAUGAAGCCAGGGUAUUGUGCGGUCCUUUAGCUCGGCUACAGGGUCAGUGUGUACCGAGGUUUUAUGGUUUGUGGGAGUUGACAACGGGUGAAUCCCUGAGCGUCAACUCGAGACAGGAAUCAACAGAGAUGAAGGGUGGUGGUACUAUCAGAGACGCACCGACAGGUAGUAUGACCAGGCCGCAACAAGCCAUAGAGAUGAUGAGCGGUAGUAUAAUCAAACCAUUACAAUCCACAGAAACGAUGGGACGAGGAUCAGGAUCAGAAAUGGGAACGGGAACUGGGCCUGACAAUUCACACGUCUCAACUGAAAAAGAAACAACGGUUUCACAAGCUCUGAAAGCCAUCGACCUUAUCCAUCAAUCCGACGUCAUCCACGGAGAUAUCAGAGCCAGACAUCUGUUGGUACAUCCGGACAGACGCGAGUUGGUAUGGUGCGAUUGGGAAGCCAGUAGGGGGAGUCUGAGUACGAAUGAUAAGGAGGGAGAGAGACGGUUGGUCGAGGGGGUCGGAUGGUCACGUCAAAAUCAAACGAAACGAAACGAACUAAUAACUGUGCCCCAAAUGUCUAUCUACCCCGUCAACUCGCAGAAAGACGAAUACGGAUCAAGGUUUAGAGGUCAUAUCAACGUUUUGGAUGAAUGA